GGGGCGUGGCCGGGCGGCCCGGCGGCGCGGGGCUUCCUGCCGGGGCUGCGGGUGCCGGGGGGCCGCGCGGGGCCCCGCCGCCGCCAUGAGCCUCCUGCGGGACGUGUCGCUGCUCGACCCGCGGCUCCGCUACGAGCUGGUGCAGCGCGUCGGCGCCGGCACCUACGGGGACGUCUACAAGGCCCGGGACACGGAGACGGGGGAGCUCGCUGCUGUCAAGAUCAUCAAACUGGACCCAGGGGACGACAUCGGCUCCAUCCAGCAGGAAGUGUCGACGCUGCGCGAGUGCCGCCACCCCAACGUGGUGGCCUAUUUCGGGAGCUACCUCCGGAACGACCGGCUCUGGAUCUGCAUGGAGUACUGCGGGGGGGGCUCCCUGCAGGAGAUCUACCUCGCCGCCGGGCCCCUGGCCGAGACGCAGAUCGCCUACGUGUGCCGGGAGACCCUGCAGGGGCUGCAGCACCUGCACGCCAAGGGCAAGAUGCACCGGGACAUCAAGGGAGCCAACAUCCUCCUGACCCACAACGGGGACGUCAAACUGGCGGACUUCGGGGUCUCGGCCGAGCUGACGGCGUCCGUGGCCAAGCGCAAGUCCUUCAUCGGGACCCCGUACUGGAUGGCCCCCGAGGUGGCGGCGGUGGACAAGAAGGGCGGCUACAACCAGCUCUGCGACGUCUGGGCCGUCGGCAUCACCGCCAUCGAGCUGGCCGAGCUGCAGCCCCCCCUCUUCGACCUGCACCCCAUGAGGGCCCUGAUGCUCAUGUCCAAGAGCAGCUUCCAGCCCCCCAAGCUGAAGGACAAAAACCUCUGGUCCCCCAUUUUCCACCAGUUCCUCAAGCUGGCGCUGACCAAGAGCCCCAAGAAACGCCCCACGGCGGAGAAGCUGCUGCAGCACCCCUUCACGGCCCAGCCGCUGCCUCGCCGACUCGGCCUCCAGCUGCUGGAUCAGGCCCACAGCGCCAGCGCGGCCCCCCCGGACCUGGACGACGGGGACCUCGAGGACGACGACGUCUUCCCGGACAGGAUCCGGUCGCGGGAGGGGCCCGGCGCGGCCGAGAGGACCCUCUCCGAGAUCCAGUUCAAUCAGGUGAAGUUUGGGCCCCCCCGGCGGAAGGAGACGGAGCCGUGCUGCGACCCGGGCGAAGAUGACGACGACUGGACAGUGCUGGGGGAGGAAGAGAGUUUGCUGCAGUCGGUGGAAGAAGCCCUGGAGGAGCGGAGCCUGACGAUCCGCCCGGCAGCCAGGCAGGCCCCCGCCGCCCCCCCGGCCCCCGCCGCCCCCCCGGACUCGCUCUGGGACUUCGGGGACUGGGAGCUGGACCCCCCCGGGGGGGGCCCGGACCCCCCCGGCGGCAGCCCGGAGCCCCCCGACUCAGCCAGCCCCCCAGCCCCUCAGCCUCUGUCCCCCCCAGGCAGCCCCCCGGGGGGGUCCCCGCGGCCCCCCAGCUCGCCGCUGCCCCUCGCCUGGGCCACGGCCAAGAGGAAGGAGGAGCCCGAGAGAUCCCGCUGCCACGGGCUGCCCCCCACCCCCAAGGUCCACAUGGGCGCCUGCUUCUCCAAGGUGUUUAACGGGUGUCCGCUGAAGAUCAACUCCGCCGUCACCUGGGUCCACCCCGAGACGCGAGACCAGUACCUGGUGGUGGGGGCGGAGGAGGGGAUUUACACGCUCAACCUGCACGAGCUGCACGAGGACACGCUGGAGAAGCUCGUGCCCCACCGCUGCGCCUGGCUCUACUGCAUCAACAACGUGCUGCUGGCGCUGGCAGGGAAGGCGCCGCAGCUGGUGUCGCACGACCUGCCGGGCCUCUUCGAGCGGCGGCGGCAGCACCGGGCGCCCCUGGCCCUGGCGGCCACCCGCCUCUCCGCCCGCCUCGGGCCCCGGAGAUUCGCCGUCUCCUCCAAGGUCCCCGACACCAAGGGCUGCCUGGGCUGCCGCGUGGUGAGGAACCCGCACUCGGGCCAGACCUUCCUGUGCGCGGCGGUGCCGGCCGGGCUGCUGCUGCUGCAGUGGUGCCCGCCGCUGCGGCGCUUCGGGCUGCUCAAGCACGUGGCCGUGGCCCUGCCGGCCCCCCUGGGGCUCUUCGAGCUGCUGGUGACGCCGGCGGAGGAGCACCCGCGGGUGUGCGUGGGGGUGGCCGACGCCGGCCCCCGCCUCCGCUUCCGCCUGCUCGCCCCCGACGCGGGGCCGCCGGGCUGCGGCCCCCCAGGCGCCCCGGGCCGCGCGGCCACCCACGUCAACCAGGUGGACCGCGACACGGUGCUGGUCUGCUUCGAGCGCUGCGUGCGCAUGGUGGACCUCCGCGGGGACCCCCAGCCCGCCCUGGCGCCCGAGCUCACCUUCGACUUCCCCGUGGAGACCCUCGUGUGCCUUCAGGACAGCGUGCUGGCCUUCUGGAAGCACGGCAUGCAGGGCCGCAGCCUGGAGGGCAACGAGGUGACGCAAGAGGUGACGGAUAAAUCCCGGGUGUUUCGGGUCCUGGGUGCCAACAGGGACAUCGUCCUGGAGAGCCGCCCCACGGACAACCCCGAGGCCCACAGCAACCUCUACAUCCUCACGGGCCACGAGAGCAGCUACUAGGGCGGCCCCCCCCCGCGGGGGGGUGCGAGCUGCCGCGGCCUGACGUCUUCCUGAGACCCCCCCCGGGUGACGGGGACACCCCCCCUGGGUGACGGGGACACCCCCACGUGUCCCUCCCCCGGGGGGUCCGAGCGGCCGUGGCGUGACGUCUUCCUGAGACCCCCCCGGGGAGGAUGGGGACCCCCCGGGGGCGAUGGGGACACUCCUGUGUCCCCCCCCCCCCCCCCGGGGGUGUCACCCCCCGGGUUUGGCAAUAAGUGACUGUUCCCCAGCCGGGGCCUGCCUGUGCCUGCUGCCCCCCCAUGUGUGCCCCCCCCCAUGUGUGUGUCCCCCCCCCCCAUGUGUGUCCCCCCCCCCCAGACCUUUCCCUGCCCGCGGGGAUGCGGGACGGGGUCGCCCCAGCCCCCCCCAUGUCCCCCCCCCCCCCCCCCACGUCGUGGAUUUGUCCUAUUUUUUUACACUGGAUCCUGCUGCGAGAAGAAACGGGAGAUAUUUAAGAAUAAAGAGAAAAGGUGGAAA